AUGCAGUCCCAAACAAAGCCAGAAGAAUCAGAUGGCAAGAAACAAUUGAGUAUGCAGUCCCAAACAAAGCCAGAAGAAUCAGAUGGCAAGAAACAAUUGAGGAUGCAGUCCCAAACAAAGCCAGAAGAAUCAGAUGGUGAAAAACAAUUGAGGAUGCAGUCCCAAACAAAGCCAGAAGAAUCAGAUGGUGAAAAACAAUUGAGGAUGCAGUCCCAAACAAGGCCAGAGGAAUCAGAUGGUGAAAAACAAUUGAGGAUGCAGUCCCAAACAAAGCCAGAAGAAUCAGAUGGUGAAAAACAAUUGAGGAUGCAGUCCCAAACAAAGCCAGAAGAAUCAGAUGGUGAAAAACAAUUGAGGAUGCAGUCCCAAACAAAGCCAGAAGAAUCAGAUGGCGAGAAACAAUUGAGUAUGCAGUCCCAAACAAAGCCAGAAGAAUCAGAUGGUGAAAAACAAUUGAGGAUGCAGUCCCAAACAAAGCCAGAAGAAUCAGAUGGCAAAAAACAAAAGAAGAUGCAGUCCCAAACAAAGCCAGAAGAAUCAGAUGGUGAAAAAUAA